GCGUCUGCAAUUCUUUGCUUCACCGCUUGUAUUUCCUUAGAAUUCGUGUUAGUCGCAUAGUGUCCGUUUUCGUCGGAUUUUGAUUUUCCUUUGAAAAUUGAAACUCAUGAAAACUAGUUGCGGAAUUUCAACAAACAGUUGGUAAUCAUUGAAGAGAAAAGAAAAGUAGGAAAAAAAAAUGGCGUCUUUGCUUCUUCGUCGGCAUCGGAAAGCUUCAGCUUUCGGCAUUUCUCGCAUUCUUCAAGGUGAUAUGGAGUUGAUUAGGCUACCCAUGGAAAUGAAUUUUGAAGCUUUUCUUAGCGUAGGUAUAAGGAUGAGGAGAUACAGCAGUGGCCAAAGUGGCUCGAACUUUGAUUUUACUGACCUCACAUGUCCCCAUAUGUGGUAUCCUACUGCUCGAAGGAAGAAACGCAAGGUUUUCCUGCAUGUUGGCCCCACCAAUAGUGGUAAAACAUACCAUGCACUGAAGCGGCUUGAAUCAAGCGCCUCAGGCAUAUAUUGUGGUCCUUUAAGAUUGUUGGCAUGGGAAGUUGCAAAACGAAUGAACAAGGCAAAAGUUCCAUGUGAUCUGAUUACAGGUCAAGAGAGAGACGAAGUUGAUGGUGCAAGGCAUAAGGCUGUGACAGUUGAGAUGGCUGAUGUAGCCUCCCAUUACCAUUGUGCUGUUAUUGAUGAAAUACAGAUGUUGGGAUGUAAAGCAAGGGGUUUUUCAUUUACACGUGCUCUCCUGGGUAUUGCUGCUGAUGAACUUCAUCUUUGUGGAGAUGUGGCUGCCGUUCCUCUUAUCCAGGAAAUGCUGAAAGUUACUGACGAUCAUGUUGAGGUCCAAUCUUAUGAGAGGCUUUCACCACUAGUUCCUCUAAAAGUUCCUCUUGGAUCUUUUUCUAACAUAAAAACAGGAGAUUGCAUUGUGACAUUUUCACGUCAGAAGAUCUAUAAAUUUAAGAUGGGGGAAAGCAUCUUUGCUCUGUGGUUUAUGGGUCAUUGCCACCAGAGACUCGGACAAGACAGACUGCAGGCAAUGAUGUUUAAUGAUGAAACCAGUGAGUUUGAUGUGCUUGUGGCCAGUGACGCAAUUGGGAUGGGUCUUAAUCUGAAUAUUUCAAGGAUCAUAUUUUCCAGUAUGAAAAAAUUUGAUGGUGCUGAGAUGAGGGAGCUUACAGUACCAGAGAUAAAGCAGAUUGGAGGCAGAGCUGGCAGGUAUGGAUCAAAAUUUCCUGUUGGUGAAGUGACUUGUUUAGAUGCAAAUGACCUACCAUUGCUUCAUUCAUCAUUAGCAGCCCCAUCUCCUAUUCUAGAGCAAGCUGGACUGCUUCCAAGCUUUGAUCUCUUGUAUAUGUAUUCACGUUUACAUCCAAACUGUGGUUUCUACCAGAUAUUGGAGCAUUUUCUAGAGAAUGCAAAACUAUCAGAAAACUAUUUUAUUUCUAACUGUGAAGACAUAUUGAAAGUUGCUGCUGUUGUCGAUCAAUUGCCUCUUGGGAUGCAUGAUAAGUAUCUUUUUUGUGUUAGGUAAUACAUUCCCUUCAAACUGUAUAGAAAGUUGCUUGGAAUAAGAAAUCCGUCCAGUAAGUUUUCCACUGCCUAAAAUUGUUCAACAAAGCAAUUUGGGUAGCAAGUGCCAUAAACAACUUGAUCACAUUCUUAUUUUUGGUAGUAUUUGUGAUAUGCAGUCCAGUUGACAUGGAUGACGAGAUUUCAGCUCAGGGUCUAACCCAGUUUGCAGAAAAUUAUGCUAAGAAAGGCAUUGUUCGGCUUCGAGAAAUAUUUACACCAGGUACACUUCAAGUGCCAAAAACACAUGGUAAACUGAAGGAGCUUGAAUCCAUUCACAAGGUCCUGGAUCUCUAUAUUUGGUUAAGUUUCCGAUUUGAGGAUUCUUUCCCUGACCAUGAGCUGGCGUCUUCACAGAAGGCAGCCUGCAGCAUGUUAAUUGAAGAAUUCCUAGAAAGACUAGGCUGGCAGAAGCCGAACGCAAGAAAGUUAUCUUUACGCUCUAGCUUUAGCUCUGUGUUCGCCGAAGAUUUGUACAAGAGAAAGGCUCAGGGAAUAAGUGAGAGAGGACAGUAAUAUACUGUAUAUACUUUGAUAACAAUUCCUGCUUCCGUGUAUUGGAUGCAAAGGAUAAAUCACAUUUUCUUUGUCUCUAUGGCAUCUCUCAAGGCCAAGGCAAAAAGUUUUGAUUAUUCAAUCAUUUCUUCAAAGAAUGAGCACAAAGGAACGACUUUAACAAAAUUUCCUAGCUGUU